AUGGACAACCUUCCUAGUUGUGAAUUUACGUCUGGAGAAGUUUCCCAGUGGCUGGAGUCCAACGGCUUUGCAGAAUUCAGUGGGAAAUUCUUAGGUGAGCUUCAUGUUUCAUAUUCAAAGACUGCAAAGAUACUGUGUACUAAUAUAUUUGUUGUUGUGAUUUCGGGUCGAUAUAUUUAUUAUAUGUGUUAAAAGAUUGAUACAUGUUUUAUUUUUACUUUGUUAUCAUAUUAUAGUUGAGGAUGUUGAUGGGGAAGCAUUUUCUUUGUUGCCUGAAGGAUCACUUGAAACUCUUGUUGACAAAGUGGGGCCCAGAACCAAGCUUUUCAAUCGAGUUAUCAAAUGAAUGCAAAAAAAUCUCGGUGAUAGUGAUGUUUCUGAGACUAGUGGCGGUAGUCCUUGGACUUCAGAAUCACCUGACACCAGCAGUGUGAUGUCAGAGAACCAAACUUUGCUGCAAUAUUCUUCGCCAACAUCGAGGUAUGUGUUUAGAUUUAUAUCUGUCUAUUAGCUCAAAGCUGAGGUGACUUUUACAAUCCUCCCAUGAUUUUUAGUCAUUUAGUGCCAAGAAGUUAAUAGUAAAUUGUGAACAUAUCUUCAAGAUAUUAGAUUUUGCUGUAUAAUUCUUAAGGCUCUCACUGUCCAGGGUAAAAUAUGAAAAUUGUUUAUUACAGUAAUAUAAAAUGCUUGUAACUAUUGGUGGGUUUUUAUGCUCAUUAAAAGCAAUUAUAUGCAUAGUGGCCCUCACAUGGGAAAAACCAUGUAAAAACAAAUAUUUACUACUGAAAUUGAUCAGUAAAGUGUUUAUAACAGUGUGACUUGGAAUCAUAGAAAUAAUAGACAUAGAAUGCGUGCUCCUAUCUCUUCUCAGUAAAAAUUUUGUCUCCACAAAAUGGCGGAUUUAUAAAGGCAUUUUGGCUAGUCCCAGACUCUUGUGGCGGGGAAUUUCACGUGGUUGCCGGGAGUGCGAAUUGUUUUUUUCAACAAAGUUUGCAAAAAACAAUUAUAUUGAGACUUGAAGUGGAAAAACAUUUUUUUAAAGGAGAAAAACCCAUUCCCGUGGGUGUUUUUACGAAAAGCAAUAGUUCUGAACAGAAUAUAUACAGAAAUCGUCGUUUGAAAAUACAUUGUGAGCCAAAACAAUCGACCAAGCACUAUUAACCCGAGUUUAGGAAGCCGAGAUUGGCGGGAACUAUUUCAUUAUUCAUUUCCAUUAUUUAUUUCACAAUCAAUUCAGUUUUUGUUGAUGAACAGUGAAUAAUAAGUCUGUAAAAAUGCUGAAAAAAUGUAGUCAGGGUUCGUUAAAAAAUAUAGGAAUACUGUGGAGAAUCUGGAGGGGAGGGGGGGGGGGUUUGGGGGUGGUCAAAGGAUUUUACUGAACAAGAGCGUUAACUCGCUGGGGCCAUAGAGCUGGGGCUAUACAAAUACGCACAUUACUGUAUAUGAUACAUACAGUACUAAGCGGAAAAGUCGAAUACGAGCGCGAAAGGCACCCUACAAAUAAAACUUCCGGCAUUUAUGCCCACAAGUAAAGUUAUAUUUUAUAGUAGAUAUAGUACGCUACAUUCUUCUGUCGGCUGCCAGUUUAAAACGUUCAAAAUAAAAUAUUUUGGGGCUUUUGGGCUCAAAAUAUUAUCAAAAUGAAGAGAGAAGUGACACAAAUCCACUGGUAUACGGCCGAAAAAGAGAAAACCAACGAUACCAAAGUUAUCAAGGAUCAAACGUACUGCAUUUUUUAUAAUUUGAGCGUUUCUCCACAAAUAAUACAAUUUCGCUUGGCUUUCAAAGACAAAGGCCAUAAAUCGCUAGAAUACUGUUGUCAGUUGUUUAGUAAUACAUUUGACAUCCAUAUGUACAAUUUCUCAUUCUUAAGUACAAUUCCUUACGCUGAAUCGAACCGUGGUAUUUUUAUCCUUAUUGAGCCAUUUAUAGGCAUUACAAAUACAAGGUCGGACAAACGGCGAGUGAUUUGCAAACAAAUACGUACUGCGAGCGAUUUUUCAACAAUACAAUUUCGCUUGAUUUUCAAAGGCCAUAAAUCGCUAGAAUACUGGUGUUUAGUAAUACAUUUGGCAUCAGUAAGUACAAUUUCUUACGCUGAAUCGGACGGUGGUAUUUUUAUCCUUAUUGUGCCAUUAGGCAUUUAAUACAAAUACAAUAAUAACAAUAUCAUAUUUCACACUACAGUUUUCAUGGACUGUUGUUCGAUAAAUUUUAUAUUGAUAUGACACCAAUAUGCCUCUCAUAAAGUAGUUAUUUAUUAAAACUAUGUUGUGCAGUUUAAGUUAUAACCUUUUACCUUGAAAUUGUCUAUGACUCGUUUAUAUUCAGAUUCAGUAUAUUAUGAUUGUGCAUUUGUGCACGGCCAAGCACAGGAAUUCAACGAUCCAAAUUUCGGAUUUUCAGAGUCAUGCACCAAGAAAAAUGCAUUAAAUUAAAUAAACUAGCAAGAAUAUCCAGAGUUUAGACACAAUGCAAAAUCCAUAGAAAACAGGUACAAUUCGUUCAAAAUUUUCACGAAAUUGUUUGAAACAUUUUGCCCACUCCACGAAAGGCCCCGCCAUUUUGAAAAGGAUCAAGCAGCUCAUUAAUAUUCUAUUUUGUUGCUAUCGACGAUCGGAGAUUGAAGCCAAAACCUAUACUCGCCUGGGCACAAGUGCCCCAGCGAGUAAUUAUUCGAAUUUUACUGUUAAAAAAUCACUUGAACUGUAGAAGUCGUAAGUUGCAAUGACCUUUCAAUGCCUGAAGGUCCUCUCCCCAAAAUAUUAAUUUUUGAAGCUUGAUUACUGCUUUUCUUGCAUUUUCUGUAGCGAUCGAGAAAAAAAACUACCAAUUUUAAGGGCAUAUAUUCGGAAACUUUGCAUUAAAUUCGUAAUUGCACACUUAUAUUUUAGAAUGGUCAUAUAGUCAAUGGAUUUAGAACUUCACAUUUUAUGUAAAGUUUCCACAAUGAUAAUAAUGACUGAACUCGAGCACAUUUUUCCAUGCACAGUCAAGAAUUCAAACCCCAAAAAUCUGGUGCCUCGCAAGUGGUCCACAAGAGUGGUCCACGGGAGUGGUCUGUGGUCCACGAAGGUAGUCCACGGACCUGGGGUCCGCGUUUUGUCGUUUCCCUUUUUAAUAUUGUUUCUAGUCCUAUAUUAAUAAUUCAUGAAUAUAAAUAUCCAUAGUUAGUCUGUCUACAUUAAUCAUACCACUGUGUUUUGUCAAUGAUAAUUCAUGCUGAUGUAUUAAAACAUUGGAUACAAACAAGGAAGGGCCCACUGACACUGGAAAUUUUGAAUGUCCGGUAUCCAGUGAGUAGUUGCUUAGAGGGUUAUCUCUAAAAGGGAUGGACGAUCUGAGGUAGUUUACGAGACGAUUCCAAAAUUGAAAUAAGAAUUUCCAUUAGUAUUAGGGUUAGUGUGGGGGUUAGGGUUAGAUGUGGGGAGAGAGUAAGGUUUAGUAUUGUUGCAAGUGGCUGAUUUUUUAUUCUUUUACGUUUUAAUUAAUGAUUUUAAAAACUGGCGAUUGAUAUUGAAAACCUGCCUCUGGUCCAUCCCCUUUGGCCACGACCCAGAGCCACAAUUUUUGCAUUUUGUAUCUUCCACAUGUACUUCCUUCUUUUGUCUUCCACUACCUACAUUGGCAACCAGUUUUCAUUAUUUUUUAAUGAACUUAGAUAUAAUAAAGUAAUAUAGCUAAAUUAUUUCCCUAAUUCACAGUCUCGGCUGAAAGCAAAAGGAUACGAAGAUUUCACCCUGAAAGAACUGAUCAACAAACUAAAAAAGUUAAGGCAGAAGUACAAAGAAGAAAAAGAUAAGUCAAAGCAAACGGGAAAUGCCGCAUCGAAAAAAUGGAAGUUUUUUUAUGAAAUUGACAUUUUUUUGACCCAGCGACACAAUGUCAAUCCACCGGUAGUUGUUGACACAAUGGCCAGUGAUGAACUACAUGUGCAUGAGGUUGAUGACAAGCAACCAAGUGAGUCAGGAGAUAACAGUUCAAGCGAAGGUACAUUAUGCACAAUAGUAUAUUACUUAGUGGAUUUAUGUCCAAUACCCUCGACCUUGUUCGAAUCGUGAAUCGUAAGGGCGAUCGUUAGAUUCGUGAGUCUUAUAGUUAUAUGAUAGGAUAUGACUUGUCCUUUGGCUUGUUGUGGAUAUGUCUAAGACUAUAAGUCAUAUAGUAUCAAUCUAGGUGAAUGUCUUCGUAGAUUCGUACAAAUCUUUAGAAUCGAUUCGUGAUUGGUCCCAGAUUUGUUCGAAUGGUCAGAUUCGUGAAGUUCAUAGUAUCAAAUGGGUUCGUAGUUCGCUCAAAGUGAAUGUCUUCGUAAAUUCGUACGAAUCGUACGAACCGUUCGAUUCGUGA